AGCAUGUAUAUCUUUAGGAUCCAAGACCCGGGCCAUUGGGAAUGCAGCAAAGAGCCAGAUUGUCACAAAUGUCAAAAACACCUUACAUGGUUUCAAAAAACUGCAUGGCAGAGCAUUUGAUGAUCCUUACAUACAAGCUGAGAGGGCCAAACUUCCCUAUGAACUUCAGAAGAUGCCAAAUGGCUCCGUAGGAGUAAAGGUGAGGUACCUAGAUGAAGAGAGACAGUUUGCAAUUGAACAGAUUACAGGAAUGUUAUUGGCCAAACUUAAAGAGACUUCAGAAAAUGCUCUGAAGAAGCCAGUGGCAGACUGUGUGAUUUCAGUACCCAGUUUCUUCACUGAUGCUGAGAGAAGGUCUGUCAUGGCAGCUGCACAGAUUGCAGGAUUAAAUUGUCUGAAGCUGAUGAAUGAAACUACAGCAGUGGCACUGGCCUAUGGGAUAUACAAGCAAGACCUGCCGGCCUUGGAAGAGAAGCCAAGAAAUGUGGUCUUCGUAGAUAUGGGGCAUUCUGCAUAUCAGGUUUCCAUCUGUGCUUUUAACAAGGGAAAACUGAAGGUCUUGGCUACUACCUUUGACCCUUUCAUAGGUGGUAGGAAUUUUGAUGAGGCUUUAGUAGAUUACUUCUCUGAAGAAUUUAGGACAAAAUAUAAGCUGAAUGUAAAAGAGAAUCCCCGAGCGCUGUUACGAUUGUAUCAGGAAUGUGAAAAACUAAAGAAGCUUAUGAGUGCAAAUGCUUCUGACCUUCCACUCAAUAUUGAGUGCUUCAUGAAUGAUCUUGAUGUCUCCAGUAAGAUGAACAGAGCUCAGUUUGAGCAGCUGUGUGCUGCCCUUCUCUCCAGAGUGGAGCCACCUCUGCGAGCAGCCAUGGAGCAAGCUAAACUUCAGCGCGAAGAUAUCUACAGUAUAGAAAUAGUAGGUGGGGCUACUAGAAUUCCAGCAGUGAAGGAACAGAUCUCUAACUUUUUCUGUAAAGAGAUAAGCACCACGCUAAACGCUGAUGAAGCUGUUGCAAGAGGCUGUGCCUUGCAGUGUGCAAUUCUUUCCCCAGCUUUUAAAGUGCGUGAAUUUUCCAUCACGGAUGUUGUUCCUUAUUCUGUAACGUUAAGAUGGAAAUCAUCGUACGAAGAAGGAACAGGGGAGUGCGAAGUCUUCAGUAAGAAUCAUGCUGCUCCAUUCUCCAAAGUAAUUACUUUUCACAAGAAAGAGCCUUUUGACCUGGAAGCUUUCUACACCCAUCCACAUGAAGUGCCUUAUCCUGACUCCAGAAUAGGGCGUUUCACUAUUCAGAACGUGGGUCCGCAGCACGACGGCGACAACUCCAAAGUGAAGGUCAAAGUGCGCGUCAACAUCCACGGGCUGUUCAGCGUGGCGAGCGCCUCCGUCAUAGAGAGGCAGAACGUGGAGGGAGAUCACACGGAUACGCCCAUGGACACUGAGUCGUCCAGUAAGAACCAAGGCAGAGAUGAUGACCUGGAUAAAAUGCAGGUUGAUCAAGAUGAAGGUAUUCAGAGAAGUCAAGCUGAACAACAGAACCAAGCAGAUGAGGAAACUGAAAAUGCAGGAACUGAAACAAAAGCUGCUUCUGGAGACAAACAAGAUCAUCCAGCCCAGCCAAAGGCUAAAGCAAAAGUUAAGAGUAUUGACCUACCUAUACAGGCAAGCCUCUAUAGACAACUGGGACAAGAUAUUAUCAAUUGCUAUAUAGAAAAUGAGGGAAAGAUGAUGAUGCAAGACAAGCUUGAGAAAGAAAGAAACGAUGCUAAGAAUGCUGUUGAAGAAUAUGUAUAUGACUUCAGAGACAAACUGUGUGGAGUCUUCGAGAAAUUCAUCACUGAAGAAGAUUCAAACAAGCUGACCUUGAUGUUGGAGGACACAGAAAACUGGCUUUAUGAGGAUGGAGAGGACCAGCCAAAACAAGUAUACAUGGACAAGCUUCAGGAAUUAAGAAAAUUUGGACAGCCUAUUCAGGAGAGAUACAUGGAACACGAAGAGAGACCAAAAGCUUUAAAUGACCUUGGAAAGAAGAUUCAGCUCCUUAUGAAAUCAGUAGAAGCAUACAAAAAUAAGGAUGAAAAAUAUGAUCACCUAGAUCCUGCUGAGAUGGAAAAAGUUGAAAAAUACAUAAACGAGGCUAUGAAUUGGUUGAACAGCAAAAUGAAUGCCCAAAACAAAUUAAGUCUAACUCAGGAUCCAGUUGUCAAAGUGGCAGAAAUACUGACCAAAUCAAAGGAGCUGGAUGGCUUCUGUAAUCCCAUCCUGUACAAGCCCAAGCCGAAGGUGGAGCCUCCCAGUGACGGGCAGUCGAAAGCCAACGGGGAACACAACGGGCCAGUGAACGGGCAGAGCGGCACGGAAACAAAACCUGACCCAGCCAGGGACAGUCCUCAGCAGAACAAACCACCCGGGGAAAUGGAAGUGGACUAAACCUUGCAUUUCUUUUAAUCAAAAUAGUGCAAGUAACCACAGGGUCCAUUCUUUGUCUGGUACACCCCUCAGAUGUUCAGUUAUUCUAAGCCAACCUUCUGUCAUUUGUUGCUGAGUAGUUUUGAAAGUGUUUUAUAUUAAGUACACCUCUAAUGUUCAUUUCCACUGAUGCUGCUUAUGUGGAGCUUUAGCCAAAUGUAGAUUGUAUAAGUCAGUUUAAGCUUUCCCAAUAUAUUUUAUAUCAAACAUACAGAAUUGAUAUAUAAACGGCAACAAUCUACCUUAUUUAAAGCUUUUAUUGUGGAUAAACCUCAGCUCCUUUAUUCAGGAAAGGAUACUGUAUUGCACUACUGAUGCUCAAGUGUAGAUCUAAUUGCAUCUUUAUUUUGGAAAAAUAUUGGAAUUGAAGUGGCAAAACCAGUCACUUGAAGCACUGACCUUUUCUAGUUAUUGUAUUGUUAUAAUUUAAAUAUUAAAAUAGAGGUUAGUUGGCA